AUGGAGUUGAAGCAAUCCAUCUCAGCCAGUUUGGAAGCUGAGAAAUCGCUGAGGAGCUACGGGGCGGUGAAGGAGACGGAGUGGAAAACCGAGGGUCUCGGCAAAAAUCAACUCAACAUCAUUUCAAUGGCAGAAACAACCAUGAUGCCCGAGGAAAUAGAGAUGGAAAUGGCAAAGAUCCAAAGACUUCGAGAAGUCUUGGUCAGAAGAGAGUCAGAACUGAGAUUUAUGAUGGACGACAUCCAGUUGUGCAAAGACAUUAUGAACCUUAAGAAAGAGUUGCAGAAUUUAGUAGCCAUCCCAGAAAAAGACAAGACUAAGCUGCAGAAUCAAAGAGAGGAUGAGUUGAUCCAGAAAAUCCAUAAAUUAGUGCAGAAAAGAGACUUUCUCGUUGAUGACGCAGAAGUGGAGAGAUUGAGAGAGAAGGAAGAAGACAAGGACAUGGCUGAUUUCCUACGGAUUAAGUUGAAACCUUUGGAUAAUGUUGUACAGUCUCCAACCAGGGUACCUACAGAGAAGAAAGCUGAGCCUCCACCAGUUCCUCCCAACAAGCCCACUAUUGCCAAAACCAGCACUGCUCUCAUUAAGGAUUGCUGUGGGAUGACCCAGUGCGCCAUCAUGUAG